AUGAAAUAUUUUAUUCUUCUUUAUUUCAUACUAUUUAUACCAGUUAUUUCUUCUUUUAGCCUAAAUUUAUUAAAACUUAUUAAAAAAAUUAUUUUACCACGAAAAACAACAUUACUACCAACAACAUUACCACCAACAACAACAACGCCAACAACAACACAAUCAACAACAACACAAUCAACAACAACACAAUCAACAACAACACAAUCAACAACAACACAGUCAAUUAAUACAACCAAACGUCCAUGGCAACCAUGGAAUAUAUCAUUAAAUAACUCAUUAGUAUUAAGAUUAGGAUUAAGAGCAGUAAACAGAUACAACAAAAAACAUAAGGAAACUUUUUUAACAUUCAUAAAUGUUACAACAACUUUGAAACAUGGUAAAAUAUGCAGUGGAAACAAAGAAGUUAAACUAUUAAUGUUGGUUUCAUUAAACUAUAGUAAUAGUACAAGUGGUAAUAAAUGUCAAAAAUUUCGUACAGUAUAUAAUGUAACUAAUGAAGGUAAAGGCAAAAGAUAUUACCCAAAAAGAUACAGACUUUUUAAUAGUACUCUGAAAGGAGAAUGUAAGCAAACCGUAAACAAUAAAACAAUUUUGGCAAAUAUAAAAGCAGUAGACAAAAAAAAAAACAAACUAAAAUUAAGUUCAACACCAAUACGAGAAACAACAAAGUUACCAAAAUAA